AUGGCUCUUUUCCGUGUGCGAUUCGCUCACAGGGUCUUGGCUCGGUCCAAACCCGUGCCGAUGCUUGGAGUUUGUAAAUUUGCCAGUGAAGCCGACAUAGUCGCCAAGCCAACACCGCUCCAGAUGCGAAGGCUCUUCGUCAUCUCGGCAGUUCCAUUCGUGGCGUUUGGCAUCGUCGACCAAAGCGUUCUGUUGUAUGCAGGUGAUGCGAUUGACAACACUUUAGGUGUUGCGUUGGGCCUGCCGACGCUUGCCGCUGCAGCCAUGGGCCAGGUGAUGAGUGACACUUGUGGGGUUGCAUUUGGUGGUACCAUUGAAGCAGCAGCUUUGAAACUUGGCUUGCCUUUACCAGGACUGACAGAUGCCCAACAGCGCUUGGGCAGCGUCAAGCGGGUUUCUACACUUGGUGGUGUGUGCGGGGUGAUCCUCGGAUGCUUUAUAGGGAUGGGGAACUUGUUGCUGAUCGACCUCAAAGCCGCAGAGCGUGCGAAGAAAGAGAAGGAACUAGCCAAGAUCAUGAAAACUGUGAUGGAGGAUGGGCGAACUGUCCUACACUGUGACCGUGCAACGCUUUGGGCAGUCGAAGAAGAAAGCAACGAGUUGUGGAGCACAUUUGCAGAUGGCAUCCAAGGCACUAUGCGCAUCCCAAAAAAAGAAACAAGUUUGGCUGGGUGGGUCGCUUGCAAUCAGGAAAUGGUCAACAUUCCGGACGUGACCAAAGAUUCAAGGUGGACGAAGAAUGCGAAUGCGCAGUAUGCAACAAAAUCAAUGCUUUGUGCCCCAGUGGUCUUGGAAGACAAAGUCAUCGCCGUCAUCCAGCUCCUCAAUAAACUCGACGAGCAGGGAGCAAUCAUUCCCUUUGAUCAAUCGGAUGCUAGGGCUGUGAAGAUGAUGGCCUGCCACACUGCCAUGUUCAUGGCGCAGUUAUCUUAG